AUGAAGUCCUGCAAGCCCAGCGGCCCGCCGGCGGGAGCGCGCGGCGCGUCCCCGUGCGCGGGCGGCGCGGAGUGCGCUCGCGCGUGCGCCGGCGCCGGGCGGCUGGAGAGCGCGGCGCGCAGGCGCCUGGCGGCCAACGCGCGCGAGCGGCGGCGCAUGCAGGGGCUCAACACGGCCUUCGACCGGCUGCGCCGAGUGGUGCCGCAGUGGGGCCAGGACAAAAAGCUGUCCAAGUACGAGACCCUGCAGAUGGCGCUGAGCUACAUCAUGGCGCUGACCCGCAUCCUGGCCGAGGCCGAGCGGUUCGGCUCGGAGCGGGACUGGGUCAGUCUCCACUGUGAGCACUUGGGCCGCGACCGCUACCUGCCGCUGGCGGGCGCGAAGCUGCCGGGCGAGGGCGAGCCCUUCGGCCAGAGGCUCUUCGGUUUCCAGCCCGAGCCCUUCCGGAUGCCCAGUUAGGCGCCUUCGGUGGCUCCGUGAACUCGCAGGAGGCGUCCGUUCGCACCCUCAGACCUACGGACACGAUCGUCGUGUGGUCGGCUUCCCCCUGCUUCUCGGGUCCAUUUCGUGAACGGAGCCGCGGACGAUUUUGUGUGUGGAAAUAACGCCCCCGCCCAGCCCCCUUCCUCAAACAUGAGGAAAAACCAGGACUAAACUGCAGUGUCAGUCCUCAGAAAUGCGUGAACUUGGAGAGUGCGUCCCGGUCCCGGGGCGGCCACAGUUGUCCGCUACUCGCGUGGGCUCGAGACAGAGCUGCGCUCCCGUCGUGCAAACGCGUUUGUGCUUGGUGCGCUGUGUGUGCCUGCAUGCGUUAGACUCAGACUUGCUGUUGCUGUUGUAGAAUACACGGGCGUGAGUGCUCUGUGUUUUUAAAAGCUAUGUACACAUUAAACUGUAGAUUUUAUA